CUGCCUUCUCAGCACCGCGGUGGUCUAGCCGGUGCCUGCCUCACCAUUGCACCAGUCGAUCCUCUGUGCCUUCCUUCCACAGUCCACUCCUUCCACUGUAGCAACGGCAGGCAGGUUCAGUUCUCUUGCUCUUUCCCAUUCUUUACCUACCUUAGGAGAGAUGCCUUGGGUACAUCCACAAGUACACAGGUACAUGGACACUUUUGCAAGUACCUCACUUCGUACCCGGUGGGGCUUAACCACACAUUCCAGGGCGUGUUUCUGCUUUUCUACCUCGCGCCUCCCUCCCGUCACAGAAUCUCUGACUUCUCGAUUCUCCUUUCUCCUCUCCGUGUUUCCUCCAAACCCGUCCACUCCCUCACUUGCUAUCCGCAAUCGUUUCUUCUUGUAGGGGAAUUUAUUAGACAAGGCCCUAUUCAUCCUUUUUUGAAUGUGUCACUGUCUCUGAAACCCUAUUCUUUUAAUCAACAACAAACCACUUCGCACUCUCGUUAGCUCAACCAAUUAUUUCUACCUUUUUCAGACCGUUUGGAUCGGAUAUCCAGGAAAGACAAAACCACAACUAAACGUCACUUCCACUUCCCGACAACAACCUCGACGACAAGUCCGUCCGAGAAGAUCCUCCAGACCAUACGUACCGAAGACUCACAAAUCACACAACACAACCAUCACAAUGGGCAAGGUCGCCGCCGCCGUUUCUGCGGCUCUGCUGCUCGCCAGCAACGCCGCUGCUCUCGACCCUAUCGUCAUGAAGGGCUCCAAGUUCUUCUACGAGAACGGCACCCAGUUCUACAUGAAGGGUAUUGCCUACCAGCAGGACACCGCCGCCGCCGGUGGUGAGUCCAAGACUGGCGACUACAACGAUCCCCUCGCAGACGAGACUGCUUGCAAGCGUGACGUUCCUAUCAUGGUCAAGGCCGGCACCAACACCAUCCGAACCUACGCCAUUGACCCCAAGAACAACCACGACGCCUGCAUGAAGCUUCUCAGCGACGCCGGCAUCUACGUUGUCUCCGACUUGGGUGAGCCCAAGCUCUCCAUCAACCGUGACAACGCCCAGUGGAACACCGAGCUCCUCGACCGCUACACCGCCGUCAUCGAUGCCCUCGCCAAGUACGACAACACCAUCGGUUUCUUCGCGGGUAACGAGGUCUCCAACAACAAGACCAACACCGAGGCUUCCGCCUUCGUCAAGGCCGCCGUUCGUGACUCCAAGAAGCACAUCAAGGACAAGGGUUACCGCUGGAUGGGUGUUGGCUACGCCGCCAACGACGACGCUGACAUUCGCACCAACUCGGCCCACUACUUCAACUGCGGUGACCAGGAUACCGCCAUUGAUUUCUGGGGUUACAACAUCUACUCGUGGUGCGGUAAGAACACCCUCGCCGGUGCCGGUUACACCACCCAGAUCGACUUCUUCAAGAACUACUCCGUGCCCGUCUUCUUCGCCGAGUACGGCUGCAACAUCCCCGACGGUGCCGAUGGCCGUAUCUUCCAGGAGACCACCGCUCUGUACGAGAAGGAGAUGACUGACGUCUUCUCUGGCGGUAUCGUCUACAUGUACCACCAGGAGGCCAACGACUACGGUCUCGUCGAGAUCAACAACGGCGUCGCCAAGACCAUGAAGAACUACGACCAGCUCGCUUCCCGUGUUCUCGCUGCCACCCCCGCUGCCGUUCAGAUGGCCUCGUACUCCCCCACCAACAAGGCCGCCGAGUGCCCUGGCACCUCCUCCACCUGGGAGGUUCACGGCGAUGCUCUUCCCCCCACCCCUGACAGCUCUCUCUGCGAGUGCAUGGUCAAGUCUCUUUCUUGCACCCCCAAGGAUGGCCUGAAGGCUUCUGCCAUUGGCGAGAUCUUCGGCUACAUCUGCGGUGCCUCCCCCGACUCCUGCCGCGGUAUCAACACCAACACCACCACCGGUGUCUACGGCGCCUACUCCAUGUGCACUGACGAGCAGAAGCUCGCCUUCGUCAUGGACACCUACUACAAGGCCCAGAAGUCCGCCAGCACUGCUUGCAACUACGAUGGUCAGGGCCAGGUCGUUACCCCCUCCUCCACCGACAGCUCUUGCAGCUCCGCCCUUGCCUCCGCUUCUGCCGCCAACAGCGCUGCUGCCACCGCCACCGCCCCCGUCUCCUCCACUGCCAACCCCAGCUCCAGCUCUUCUGGCAACGCUGCUGCCGGCAGCCCCUACCAGCCCAUGUUCAACUUCGGCGGUUUCGCCAUCGGCGCCUACAUUGUCGCCGCUGGUGCCGUCGGUGCUGCCAUGGUCGCUCUGUAAACGGUCUCUUCAUCUAAUGAUGUGUUGAGGUGGAAAAAAUGGGUGUGCCCAGGAUUAGGGCGAUAUACAUUUAUGCGAGCGUGUAGGAUAUCCAACGCAGGUUACCACGGUGCCUCGUUUAAUACAGUCACGACUCGACAGAUUUUCUUACUGGCAUGAGGCUCUUUUGUGUUUCUCACCAUCACAUGGCGUUAGGUCUUCGCUGGCAGCAGCUAUUCUGCUUCAUGACUGGCCGACAGAGGUCAAUGUUGUUUUCUAGUGUCUUUUGGUUCGAUGAAUAGAACUUUUUCUUUUUGUUC